UUCUUUGGCUGGGUGCAGAGGGUCAAGAUGCUGCGCCACUUACUUUCCACGCUCCAGGAGGGCUUGUCUCUCCCCGUGGUUCUGGUGUUCCUGGCUACCUUCCUGCUCCUUGCUGACCACCUGAAAGGGAGGUGUCCCAGGGGGUAUCCUCCAGGCCCCGUGCGUCUCCCUUUCCUGGGUAAUGUUCCACAUGUUGGUGCCAAGAAACCUCUUUCUGAGAUACAAAAGCUUAGAGAAAAAUAUGGCAACGUCUUCGGCCUGCAGCUCGGAAGCAUGAAGUUUGUGGUUGUGAGUGGGCUGCCGCUGGUGAAGGAGGUCCUUGUCCAUCGGGGUGAAGAUUUUGUAGACCGUCCAGAAAUGCCUUUUACACGUGAAGUCUUUGGAUCAUAUGGACUUGUCUUCUCCAACGGGCUCAGUUGGAAGCAGCAAAGGCGGUUUGCCUUAUCCACUUUAAGAAACUUUGGUUUGGGCAAGAGAAGCUUAGAAGAACGAAUCCAGGAUGUAAUAUUCCAUCUGCCACCACUCCUUUUUUUCCCCCCAGGGCAACCGUUCGACCCCCAUUUGCAGAUUAAGAACGCAGUUUCAAAUAUCAUCUGCUCCGUCACUUUUGGUGACCGUUUUGAAUAUUCUGAUAGCAAAUUCCAGCAGCUCUUGCAAUUGGUUGAUAAAACCAUGGAGAUUCAAGACAGUAUUUGGAUGCAG